AUGACAGAAAGAAACUCUUAUUCCCAAACUUCUGAUUACACUUCAUCAACCUCUCAAACCAACCCUCCUCAGGCGGCGAAACCCAACUUCCACUCCACCUUCGCCAUCAACAACGUCAAAACCAUAAUCCCGACGACGUUGGAAAAUGAUUCUAAUCUCUACCUCUCAUGGUCUGCCCUCUUCAAGGUGCAAGCACGUGCUCACAACGUACUUGAUCACAUCAUCCCGUCAUCGGAUGCACAUGCCAUGCAAGCAUCAGUAGACCUUAAGGCUAACGAUUCUGAACUUUGGAAUCGGCUAGAUGCGGUGGAACUGCAAUGGAUGUACACAACCAUCUCGCAGUAUAUUCUUCAAUCAAUCCUCGUCGUCGAUGACACUGCCGAAGAAUGCUGGAAGCGCAUCACCGCUAUGUUUCAUGAUAACAAGCAUUCACGUGCUGUACAAUUAGAAAAUCAAUUCAGCAAUACAAACAUGGAAGAUUUUCCAUCGACAAAAGCGUACUGCAACCGCCUCAAAACUCUAUCUGAUUAA